UUACCCACAUCUACACUGACUGUGACACCAGACAGUCCUGUAUUCACUGGAGAGACAGUCAAUCUGAAGUGUGUGAUUGAGUCUUACAGUAACUGGAGAUAUGAGUGGUAUAAAGGCACAGACAGUGUAAUGUUACAGACGUCUGAUCAUUACACUGUAAACAAAAACACUCUCACUAUCAGAGGAGCUACUGAGUCUGAUCAGGAUCAGUACUGGUGUAGAGGACAGAGAGAUGAAAGACCAAAAUCAUCACAAUCAAGCUCUAAAGUUUCUCUCACUGUAACGGAGAGACCAAAACCUGUAGUGAAGGUGACGCCAGAUCAGCGUGUGUUCAGAGGAGAGACAGUCACUCUCACAUGUGACAUACAGGGAGGAGGAAACAUUCAGUGGACAUACAGCUGGUUUAAAGAUGGUUCAGUCAUCAGACACGUCACUGAGAGAGUCUACACCAUCACAUCUGUGUCUGAUAGUGGUGAAUACAGCUGUAGAGGAGAGAGAUCAGACUCACAGAGAUCAGACAUCAGUGCUGCUGUUACACUGACUGUAUCAGAUUUACCCACAUCUACACUGACUGUGUCACCAGACAGUCCUGUAUUCACUGGAGAGACAGUCAAUCUGAAGUGUAAGAUAAAGCCUGAUCACAGUGACUGGAGAUAUGAGUGGUAUAAAGGCAGCACUAAAGUGUCUGAGCAUCACACUGUAAACAGAGACACUUUCACUAUCAGAGGAGUUAAAAAGUCUGAUGCGGGUCAGUACACGUGUAAAGGACAGAGAGAUGGAAAACCAAACUCAUCACAAUCAAGCUCUGCUGUUUCUCUCUCUGUGACGGAGAGACCAAAACCUGUAGUGAAGGUGACGCCAGAUCAGCGUGUGUUCAGAGGAGAGACAGUCACUCUCACAUGUGACAUACAGGGAGGAGGAAACAUUCAGUGGACAUACAGCUGGUUUAAAGAUGGUUCAGUCAUCAGACACGUCACUGAGAGAGUCUACACCAUCACAUCUGUGUCUGAUAGUGGUGAAUACAGCUGUAGAGGAGAGAGAUCAGACUCACAGAGAUCAGACAUCAGUGCUGCUGUUACACUGACUGUAUCAGUGAGACCAAAACCUGUAGUGAAGGUGACGCCAGAUCAGCGUGUGUUCAGAGGAGAGACAGUCACUCUCACAUGUGACAUACAGGGAGGAGGAAACAUUCAGUGGACAUACAGCUGGUUUAAAGAUGGUUCAGUCAUCAGACACGUCACUGAGAGAGUCUACACCAUCACAUCUGUGUCUGAUAGUGGUGAAUACAGCUGUAGAGGAGAGAGACCAGACUCACAGAGAUCAGACAUCAGUGCUGCUGUUACACUGACUGUAUCAGAUUUACCCACAUCUACACUGACUGUGACACCAGACAGUCCUGUAUUCACUGGAGAGACAGUCAAUCUGAAGUGUGUGAUUGAGUCUCACAGUAACUGGAGAUAUGAGUGGUAUAAAAGCAGCACUAAAGUGUCUGAGCAUCACACUGUAAAUGGAAACACUCUCACUAUUGUACAAUCUAAAACAUCUGAUGAGGGUCAGUACACAUGUAAAGGACACAUAUAUGGAAGAUCAGUUUCAUCACAAACAAGCUCUGCUGUUUCUCUCUCAGUGAAGGGUCUAAAGCCAAAGCCUGAACUCACAUCAGAUCCUGCAGGAGCUGCACUGACAGGAAACACAGUGACUUUGAUCUGUCGCAUGGAUCCGUCCACUGGAUGGGACUUUUACUGGUACAAACACACACCGAACUCUGAGACAAAGACAGAAACAAACUCCUACAGAGUGAAGAUUGAUUCAGUGUCUGAUGGAGGCCAGUACUGGUGUAGAGCUGGAAGAGGGAAACCAGUCUACUACACACAAUACAGUGAUGCACUGUGGGUAAAUGUUA